AUGGCGACAGUAGUACUACUAUCGCAGCUACUUCUAGCCAAGACAGCACUACUUCUCUCCAUCAUAGUCAUCAUCUUCAACCAGUUCGGCGAGGCGAAAGACAUUGAUAUCGGCGUAAACUAUGGUAUGCAAGGCAACAACCUGCCUCCGGCGGCGGAUGUUAUCAACCUUUACAAACAAAACGGCGUAACGAAACUCAGGCUCUUCGAUCCCGUUCCGGCCGCACUCGAAGCCCUUAGAGGCAGCCAAAUCGAGGUCACUCUCGAUCUCCGGAACCAGGAUCUCCCUAUCUUCGCUUCCAGCCGCCCAGCCCUGGAUCAAUGGUUCGCCCAAAACGUCGAGCCCUACCUAAACGACAUCCAAUUCCCAUAUCUUGUCGUUGCAAACGAGGUUAUCCCUGGCGACCUUGGUCGGUACGUUUUGCCCGUCAUGGAGUCCUUACAAGAUAUUCUCAAUAGUAAGAACCUUCACGGAAUAAAAAUCUCCACCACCAUCCCCGGCUCCGCGUUGUCGACCUCUUAUCCUCCGUCGCUCGGCCAAUUCUCGCCCCAGGCGGCCGCGGAUAUAAAAGGUGUUCUGAGUUUCUUAUCGCAACAAGGAUCGCCGCUGAUGAUCAAUGUGUACCCAUACUUCGCUUACGCGUCGGACCCAUUGAACGUUAGGCUGGACUACGCGCAGUUCACUGCGACAGACGUGGUGGUUCAGGACGGUCCCUAUGGUUACCGCAACCUGUUCGACGCCAUGGUCGACUCUUUCGUCGCCGCCAUGGAGGUAGAAGGCGUGUCCGAUGUCGACCUCGUAGUAUCCGAGAGCGGUUGGCCAUCGGCCGGGAACGGUCAGUAUACGACGAAUGAUCUGGCGUCCACCUACAACACGAACUUCAUCAAACAUAUCACGUCAGGAGUUGGGACCCCAAGACGGCCUAAUAAGUACAUGGAAGGCUUUGUUUUCGCCAUGUUUAAUGAGAAUCUUAAGACUGAAGGGGUAGAGCAGAAUUUUGGGCUAUUUAAUCCUGAUAUGUCCCCUGUUUAUCCUGUUUUCGAUAACCUCUAA